AUGAGUGGCGAAGAAUCUGGAGAUAAUAAUUCAAUGCCUCCGACAAAUGGCAAUGCCCAUCCGGACUUGACUGCUGCUGCGACUCAAGGAAAGAGGAAACGUUCGGUCCAGGAAGAGAAAGCAGGGCCUGACUCUUCAUCCAUGUCGCAAGAGAAGGCAAAUCUCCAUGAGCAUCUGCGCAACCUCGUUGACCUUCUUGUCAAGCAUGAUACCGAUCUCAAGCUCCUUUCUUGCCCUUUUCCAGCGUCGAAUGCCAAGCCUCGGACGAAGCGCGCCAAAACUUCUAGUGACCAUGAGACAUGCAACAUUCAAACUCGCGUUGAAUCCGGCCGUUACAAUACAUUGCAGGAUUUCUUGGCAGACAUUGAAAGGGCAUCUGCCGCUGUGAUCGAGCGCAAUCAAACUCAGUUACAUGGCACAAGUACUGGGCCUGCCGACGGGGCACCCUUGACUGAGCUUGUCAGCCGCAUUGCUGCUUUCAAGAAGCACAUGAACAGCUUGAUUGGACAGGCCUUCAUGAACCUGAUUGACAUCAAAGCUGAGGCAACCGAAGAUGAUGCCGAGGAACAUGAAGAUCCCCUCACAGUAUCGAUUGUUAGUGCUCGUGAAGACAAACAAGCUUUGACAAUGCUUGGUGGAAGCCAAUCAAACCCAAGACAGCUCUUCUCAAGCCUGCAGAAACCGGUGAAAGUACAACUGCAGUCUUCAGAGUCUGGCGUGGAGAAGUUCGUCGAGGUACAAGAGGAAUUGCGUGAAACUGCCCUUCCCAGAGGCAUCUCAGCCACCAGGGUUGUUCCUUUCAAUCUGAGCGCUACCCCAAAGGUUGAAAAGACGCUGGGUGAGGUUUUCCCUCCUCGUGCUGGCGUACCCCAGUUGGAACCACCUCGUAAACGCAUCAAUCAAAGCAACACAGUCCCGUGGAUUGAUCCGUUCGAUCUGGUUCUGGACACGAAAAACUUCUUGGGCGAUCGCAAUAACUAUCACCUUGCGCCCCUCCCUUCCGGGCAAUGGCUACAAUACGGCAGUGUCACGCCCUCUCCAUCUUAUUGGGCUCGGGUAGACAAGUACUACGCAGAGGCAGAUUUUUACCACACUCAUGGAGACUCUACUCUCUCGGCUAGCCAAGAUACAUCCACCCUUCAGGGAGUCUUCUCAUCGUUUGCACCAUCCUUUGACAGCUCUGGAGCUGUCAUUCAGGACGAUUCAAAAAACCUGGUCUGGUGGGGCCAGCGAGGUGCCAAACGCCUACGCACCUUUCUAUCUUCUCCAUACCAAGAAGAAGUCAUUCCAGAGGCAAAUGCCAUCACAGAGCAGCCUAACAGCAUCGCUGAUCUCGACGAAAAGACUCUCGACGAGUUGGCGCAAUCUUUCAACCCAGAAGAUUUUGAGAACGCAGGCUAUCAUGACCCUGAAAACGAGACUCCAAGCAACGACGAUCCGGAAUCGAGAGAUAUCGAUGAAAUACUUGCAGAGAUAUCUGGCUUGCUGGAAACUUUGACAUCCUAUCAAAAGAUUCGCUUUCUUGAUCUUCCAACUCCUACCGGGGAUAAUUCUCAGUCGGAUGAGUCGACACCCGCACCUGAACAGGUCGAUGCGGGAACCCCAUCAGCUGCCGAGCGAGCUGUUUACGAAUCCCUUAAAUCAAACCUUUUCGCUGUCAUAAGCAAUCUACCUCCAUAUGCAAUUGCAAAGUUGAAUGGUGACCAGUUGGGGGAGUUGAAAGUCAGUACGAAAAUCAUUAUUGAAAAUCCAGACUGGAGCGGCACUAUGGAGAGGGAUGAUUACACGAUGCAUCAGGAGCGUGCAGCUGCAAUUGCCGCACAAGCUAAUACUGCAAACCGAGUCUCAACGCCAUCAGUCUCCCGACCUGGGAAUUUCCAAACACCCCAUGCUGGCAUACCCUUCAAUCAGCGUAGCGGCUACACUGGCAAUGCUCAAACUCCUCAAUCGCAAAAUAGAUUCCAAGCCCCCAUUCAGGGACGGCAGCCGUCCACAGGUAGUGCAUUCACCCCUGCCACUGCAGGUCGUCCACCAGGCACUCCCUCUCAGCGCCCGUUGCAAUAUUCGCAAGCAACUUCCCAAUUCAGCCAGGCGAAUAACAUCCCGCAAUUUCAGCGGUCUACUUCCAACGGUCAUACACCUGCACAGUCUUACACACCGCGACCUGGUCAAACAGGUCCAUUCAACGCCACGGCACAAGGACGUACCCCGUUCCAGGCUCCACGGGCUCAGUACGCUCAGACCCCGUCCCAAGCUCUUCCAUACGCUCGCAGUGCCGUGGAACAAGCGGCAUUAAUAGACCGGAAUAAGGCACAACUGGCAGCGCAGAGCCGCCAAAGCUCAACACCUCAGCCAUCGAGUUUUGAUGCACGUCGGUCUCAAGAGGGAAGUCUGACACCAGGAAGCAAGCCGAAUGGCACUCCAGUUCAGUCAUAG